AACACCUUGCAUCUCAUGGAUUUUCGCUCGACAGGAAAGAAAAGAAAAAUAAUCACACGAUCGCACUCGCUACUCAAUACGAGAAGCAUUGAACACUGCUGAGCGAAGCCACAUCUCUACGUCUGGUAAACUGCGGAAUCCCACGCAAUGUCGCCGGCAUUCGCGGCUAAGAAGGCGAAAAUUCUGCAACAACUCACAGCGCCUAAGGCUCCGUAUACGGACACCUUGCCUAAAAGCAGUGUAGAUGUCGGCAUCCGAAAAUUGGUCGACGAGAUCAACGAGAUAGACACACUAGCUACGACAAGCAGUUGCGCCGGACGCAUUGCCGUAUAUCUGGAAGGCAGGGAGCAGAACUCACCACGACCGACGCCGGACGAUGAUGCACAUAUCUCUGAUGUCGCCGCUGCAGGUGUAGAAAGCGGUGGUCAGUCGUUGUUUGUGUCGCAUGACCCAUUGCCAUUGUCAGGCAAAGGACCCGUAGCUCCUAUGUUGGGUCUAUCCGAUCACACCAACUUGGGCGUGCCUUCAUCUGUGAAGGGCGUGAGGUGGGUACGGUGCAAAUUUGAACCGAUGUUAAUUGACGAGCCAGAUCUUACAUGUUUUGUGUUCCUCGCUUGAGAGCGCGCAGAAAGUAAACACAGCGGCCCUACAAUCUGGCUUCAGAGAAAGCGGCAUCUCGAGCAUUUCGACAGACAACCUUCGGACAUCCACGGCCAAGGUAGCAAUUCGGACGACCAGUCUUGCUUUCGACAGUGUGAUCGGCUAUGAAGCGGCUGAUGGCAAACUAAUACCAAUGGU